GCUGCUUACAUGCAUUUCCAAGCGGUAGACCUGCCUCUGCGCUCUGCCCAAUGAGAUCCGUCAGGGGAGGCACCCGGUUCACUUUUCCACAACACUCCACAGUUACAUUUGGCAGGCAGGCGGGCUCGCACGCCGGAGCGCUCAGCCCAGAAUUAGCGGAUUUAUUUGGAAUCUCCCGUCCUCCUCAGAGCCCAGCCGCCGUCUCCGCGGGUUUGUGCAUAGACGGUAGCUUCAACUCACCGGCUGCACUUUGGGCUGCGGACACCCAGAGCCCAGCGCUCCCGCCUCACGUCUCCGCCCCGGGAUCGGCAUCUCCGAGAGGCAUGAACGCAAUCCGGAGGCGCCUGCCCAGCGCUCAGGAACCGGUCAGCACCAGGCGCCCACGGGAGCCCACCCGGACCCCCUCCAGCCAUUUGUGAAACAGGAGGCUUGAAAUUCGCCAACGCGGACAACCAGGAGAGUAAUUUCAAUGAAAACGAAAGCCAAUGGAUUGUGGUCUUAGAAAACUGCUUACAUGAUGUCUGUUUCCUGUGCUCUAAACACGUGGCACAGCUGUAAGUAAAUGCCACACACUGCAUGAUGAAUUGGAUGGCUGCAGACCUGAGGCAAAAAAGAUAAUUAUCUCAUUUUCGUAGCCAUUUGCUUAACUGGUGGGACCAUGCCAGAACGGCUAGCAGAAAUGCUCUUGGAUCUCUGGACUCCAUUAAUAACGUUAUGGAUUACUCUUCCCCCUUGCAUUUACAUGGCUCCAAUGAAUCAGUCUCAACUUUUAACAAGUGGAUCCCCUUUGGAACUAAACAGGCUGAGUGAAGAACAGCGGGUUUUGAACCGUUCCAAAAGAGGCUGGGUUUGGAAUCAAAUGUUCGUCCUGGAAGAGUUUUCUGGACCUGAACCAAUUCUUGCUGGCCGGAAGCUGACUGGGGAAGUGGGUAUCCCUGAUGUGAAGUGCUCAGAAAGCAAAGACAUUCCGUUCAAAGAGAGGUCUGCUUGACACAUCGGGAGGCUAUCGUCAGAAAGACUGCCACUUGGUUGGUGGAAGGGGUGACGCUGUAUUCCCUUGUGCCUACCACAUAACCAAAAAUGAAGGAGAACUACUAUUUACAAGCCGCCCUGGUGUGCCUGAGCAUGCUGUGCCACAGCCAGGCAUUCGCCCUGGAGCAACGAAGCCACCUGCACCCCUCAUUCCAUGGGCACCACGAGAGAGGCAAGGAAGGGCAGGUGUUGCAGCGCUCUAAGAGAGGUUGGGUCUGGAACCAGUUCUUCGUGAUAGAGGAGUACACCGGGCCUGACCCCGUGCUUGUGGGCAGGCUUCAUUCUGAUCUUGACACUGCUGAUGGGAAGAUUAAAUACAUUCUCUCAGGUGAAGGAGCUGGAACCAUUUUUGUGAUUGAUGACAAAUCAGGGAACAUUCACGCCACCAAGACGCUGGACCGAGAGGAAAAAGCUCAGUAUACCCUGAUGGCUCAAGCAGUGGACAGGGAAACGAACCGACCGCUGGAGCCGGCUUCCUCAUUCAUUGUCAAGGUCCAGGACAUUAAUGACAACCCACCGGAGUUUCUACAUGAGAUCUAUUAUGCCAACGUGCCUGAAAGGUCCAAUGUGGGAACAUCGGUGAUUCAGGUGACAGCUUCUGAUGCAGAUGACCCCACCUAUGGGAACAGCGCCAAGUUAGUGUACAGCAUCCUUGAAGGACAGCCUUACUUCUCAGUGGAGGCGCAGACAGGUAUCAUCAGAACAGCCCUCCCCAACAUGGACAGAGAAGCCAAGGAGGAAUACCAUGUAGUGAUCCAGGCCAAGGAUAUGGGCGGACACAUGGGUGGACUCUCAGGAACAACCAAAGUGAUGAUCACCCUGACUGAUGUCAAUGACAACCCACCAAAGUUUCCUCAGAGCGUGUACCAGAUGUCUGUGUCAGAAGCUGCUGUCCCUGGUGAGGAAGUAGGAAGAAUGAAAGCUAAAGACCCAGACAUUGGAGAAAAUGGAUUAGUCAUGUACAAUAUUGUUGAUGGAGAUGGUAUGGAAUUGUUUGAAAUCACAACAGACUAUGAAACACAGGAGGGUGUGGUGAAGCUGAAAAAGUCUGUGGAUUUUGAAACCAAAAGAGCAUAUAAUUUGAAAGUAGAGGCUGCCAAUGUGCACUUCGACCCAAAGUUCAUCAGCAAUGGACCUUUCAAGGACACCGUCACAGUCAAGAUUGAUGUGGAAGAUGUUGACGAGCCCCCCAUGUUCUUGGCUCCAAGUUAUAUCCACGAAGUCCAAGAAAAUGCAGCGCCUGGCACUGUGGUUGGGAGAGUGCAUGCCAAAGAUCCUGAUGCAGCCAACAGCCCGAUAAGGUAUUCAAUUGAUCGUCACACUGACCUCGACAGGUUUUUCACUAUUAAUCUAGAGGAUGGUUUUAUUAAAACCACAAAACCUCUGGAUAGAGAAGAAACCGCCUGGCUCAACAUCUCUGUCAUUGCAGCAGAAAUCCACAACCGACAUCAAGAAACCAAAGUCCCGGUGGCCAUUAGAGUGCUUGAUGUCAAUGAUAAUGCUCCCAAGUUUGCUGCCCCCUAUGAAGGCUUCAUCUGUGAGAGUGAUCAGAUCAAACCCCUUUCCAACCAGCCAAUUGUUACAAUUAGCGCAGAGGACAAGGAUGACACUGCCAAUGGACCAAGAUUUAUCUUCAGCCUACCCCCUGAAAUCAUUCACAAUCCAAAUUUCACAGUCAGAGACAACAGAGAUAACACAGCAGGUGUCUAUGCCCGGCGUGGAGGAUUCAGUCGGCAGAAGCAGGACUUAUAUCUACUGCCCAUAGUGAUCAGUGAUGGUGGCAUUCCACCCAUGAGUAGUACCAACACCCUCACCAUCAAAGUCUGUGGGUGCGACGUGAAUGGCGUGCUGCUGUCCUGUAACGCCGAGGCCUACAUCCUGAGUGCUGGUCUGAGCACAGGCGCACUCAUCGCCAUCCUCGCCUGCAUCAUCAUUCUCCUGGUCAUUGUAGUCUUGUUCGUGACGUUGAGAAGGCAAAAAAAAGAACCACUCAUCGUUUUUCAGGAAGAAGAUGUCCGUGAGAACAUCAUUACUUAUGAUGAUGAAGGAGGUGGUGAGGAAGACACGGAAGCCUUUGAUAUCGCCACCCUCCAGAACCCUGAUGGGAUCAAUGGCUUUAUCCCCCGCAAAGACAUCAAACCUGAGUACCAGUACAUGCCUAGACCUGGGCUCCGGCCAGCACCCAACAACGUGGAUGUGGACGACUUCAUCAACACCAGGGUACAGGAGACAGAUAAUGACCCCACUGCCCCGCCCUAUGACUCCAUCCAAAUCUAUGGCUAUGAGGGCAGGGGCUCCGUGGCUGGGUCCCUGAGCUCCUUAGAGUCUGCCACCACAGAUUCAGACUUGGACUAUGACUAUCUACAGAACUGGGGACCUCGUUUUAAGAAAUUAGUAGACUUGUACGGUUCCAAAGACACUUUUGAUGACGAUUCUUAACAAUAAAGAUACAAAUUUGACCUUAAAGAACUGUGUCUGGCGUUCUCAAAAAUCUAGAAGAUAUAUAAACAGGUAUUUUUUUAAAGCAAGGGAAGGCUCAUUUAAAACAAGCAAAGUUUCACAGAGAGGAUACAUUUAAUAAAACUGCAAGGACAUCAAAGUGGUAAAUACUGUGAAGUACCUUUUCCCACAAAAAGGCAAAUAUUGAAGUUGUUUGUCAACUUCACUAGAGAAAAACCACUUGGCAUACAAAAUAUUAAAGUGAAGGAGGAUUCUAACGGUGAACUCACAAUGAACGAAAUUCGUUUGUGUGUUAUGAACAUCUAAGUCUUUCUUCUUUUUUAAAAAUUUGUCAAAGAAGCUUCCACAAAAUUAGAAAAGACAACAGUUCUGAGCUGUAAUUUCGCCUUAAACUAUGGACACUGUACAUGUAGUGCAUUUUUAAACUUGAAAUAUAUAAUAUUCAGCCAGCUUAAACCCAUACAAUGUAUGUACAAUACAAUGUACAAUUAUGUUUCUUGAGCAUCAAUCUUGUUACUGCUGAUACUUGUAAAUCUUUUUGCUUCUACUUUCAUCUUAAACUAAUACGUGCAGAUACAACCGUCUUGUUUGAGUGAGAAGCACCCUAUUUCUAUGUCAUUUUUAAUGUAUCUAUUUGUACAAUUUUAAAGUUAUUUUAGUAUACAUACAAAUAUCAGUAUUCUGACAUGUAAGAAAAUGUAACGGCAUCACACUUAUAUUUUAUGAACAUUGUACUGUUGUUUUAGUAUGAACUUCAAUAUAAGAAGCAAUCUUUGAAAUAAAAAAAAGAUUUGUUUUAAAUUCUAGGUUUGAUUCUUAACAUUGAAAAAAUUAAGGAUUUAUAAUGAUCCAUUUAUAUUUCUAAUUUAAUUGUGAUCUUUGGUAAUCCUAUUUAUGAUCUGUUAUAGUCUGUCUGUUGCAUUGGUUGCUUAUUUAAAAUCAAGUAUAUUUGAUAAAUGUUUUUUCCCCCUCAGGCAAGAUUCUGUAACGUCAUGUAAACCAUGUUUUGUAAGCUUGUGGUGUUAGCCUCCUGGCUUGUUUUUGCAAAUCUCUUCUAGUGAAGAAGGAUGCUAGGCAUAUAGAUCACUCUAUGAUUUUGCAAUAUGUUAUAUAACAUGUAUUUAUCAAUACUGUCAUAUUUAUGAGAGAUGAAUCCAUGAGGGAAUGGAAGCUAUCAGAAUUCUUAAUGUUCAAGGUGUAGAUUUCAUGCCCCACCUGGAACACUUGGGAGUUGGAAGGAAGAGUGACAAGUCAAAAUAUUAAUUUUCCCCUCAAUUCCAAUAUUAUUAUCUUUUCUCUUUAUAUUGCUCAUACCAGGCUGUUGUAGGACUCCAACAGUCGAAACUGCUCAUUUUCCCUCCUGUUAUUUUUACUUGAAGUGAGGUGGCAUUUUAAGUUUUGAUAAGAGAAACAGAACUUCACUUUUAAGAAUUUUGUUUUCGAAUAUGCUUUGAGCUGUAAGCUUCAGAUGAAAGCAGGGAUAAGGUUGCAUUUGGAGGGUGAAUUCCAUUUGAAUUGCUAACUUGGCAGGGUCAUCUGAAAUCCAGUCUUGCUUCCCAUGGACUAGGACUAUGUAAAGGAGAUUUUACUUGUAUAGUUGGGCCAAAGGUCAAAACAUAGCAAUACUUGGGGAAAGAUCACAGAAAACAUGCUAUAAGCACUUUCCCUCUUUCCCCCUAAACACUACAGGGCACAUGUUUUUUCUUGGAUUGCAGACAAUUUUUAGAUUAUCUUCUUCUUCUUCUUCUUUUUUUUUUUUUUUUUUUUUUUUUUUGUCUUUUUCAUUUUUAUCGGUACCAGGGAUCGAACUCACGACCGCCUGAUUAUCUUCUUCUUUUUCUUACUUUUUGUGAAAGUUUGUUUCAAGCAUUUCUAGCUACCUUGUUAUAUACUAUUUUUAUGAUUCAGUAAAAAUGCAUACAGACAGAAAUGUUUUUAAGAAGUGCUCACUUCCGUUUUACUUUGCAUUUAAAUCAAACUGGCUGAACACUUCAAUAGAAUCAAUUCUGUGCACAAUGUCACUUCAGAACCUUUCACUGCAGUGAAGAUUUGCACAUUCUCAAUAGUUUAUAAUUGCAGGUUGUGUUCAAUUUUUAUAUAGUUUUUGUAAUCCAAAGAAUAUUUUGCUAGAUUUGCACAGAUCUCCAAAUAAGUUUGAAAUACAGAAAUAGCUCAAAAAGAGUAAGAAUAGCACUUGAACAUGUCUGCCGCUGUAAGUAACCCUAUCACCAUGAAUGAUCCUUUUUAUCCAGGAAUGUAUUUGCAAUAGAGUGAUAACUACAUUUUCACGUUUUUAUGUCAAAGUUUUUUAAAAGGCUGUCUACUUUUCAAUAGUUAAUGAUACUUUUUUUUCUUUUUACCUUUUUUUUUCUUUUAUUUUAAGGCUCUAUUGUUUGUAGAAAUAUCUUAGAAGCUUGAAAAUAAAAUGUCUUUCCCGAUCA